AGUGAUACCUAUCCGCCAUUUCCACAGGAACUGAUCGAUCGUAUCUGCGAGUUCCUUGUGUACGAGCCUUUCGCACUGACGAGGUGCAGCCUCGUUUGCCACGCUUGGUACCACGCCGCACGGCGCGUCUCCCGGCACAAUUCCCUCCAAUUGCGGACCCGAGAAGCCUUGAACGAUACAGCACGCAUGCUUAUGUCAGAAAGCAUCCGAUCAUAUGGCAAGCGUUUUAUUUACCUGAACAUCUGGGAGGACCCUCAAAAGCCAUUCACACACAUCUGGCCCAUGCUCAUCCCCGCGAGUCUUCUAUCACUUGUGGAGGUGGGUCUAUGCAACUGCGAUUGGGUGAUUACCAGACCACAUGUUUUAUUCUUCGACUUCCUCUCCGCCUAUACCAGCGUCACAAGCCUGAACAUCAGGCAGUGCCGCUUUCGUAGUAUAGCGGAACUCCACAGGAUUUCCAAAGCACUACCGAGUCUCGAAGAUCUGUUUCUCAUGGACGUCACACUACAGCACCCACUCGUUCCAGUUUCGGCGUCCCGCUACGGUCCCUCGUCGCGCAACAAGCUCAAGAAAGUCGCACUUCGGACUGAUUGCUCAACCUCCGAGUUGGGCGCUCACCAUCAAUUCUUGUUGAUUGUAUGUGCCAUGUACUCAUACGUAACAGAGCUAAGUUUAGACCUGGGCUCCUACUCUUCAUUUUCACAUCUUCAUCAGUUCUUAUGCCGUUUCCCCCAUUUGUCCAACUUGUCACUACAGAAUCCAUUUCGCUCACAUGUCGAGCCUGCAUCAGCGGCAGACGUGGCCCUGUACACAGCACAUGCACCCAAUUCCUCACUGUCAGAAUUCGAGCUCUCAUUCGUACACGCGUCGUGGCAGUUACAGCUUCUGAAUUUGAUGUUAACCCCGCAAGCAUGUAGCCAACUGGAAGGCCUGCAGCUCUACUCUACACACAGGGAUGGCCCAUGUACAGAGCUUGUACCACGUGUUACAGAGAUCCUGCACCUCGCCGGAGCUGGGCUCAAGAAGUUUCAGUGGAGAUGUGAUCUUGCUCAUGACUUGAUUCACGAUGUCGUACCGCGGAUUACAGCAAAUACAUCACUGACAAACCUGGUUAUCUAUUUCGACUCGGUCGAUCCAUCACUCCCGAGGAUUCAAGGGUACCUGGGUGCCUUGCUAUCUGACAUCCAAAGUCCGCAUCUGGAGCGACUCGAAAUUUGGAUUAUGAUGUCUGACUCCGAGACAUCUGAAGAUGGCGAUGAGGCCUCGGUCAGCGAGACAUACCCUCCCGGCUCCACCUCCACUUUCCACACUAUCCUCUCUCGCAGUGUCUUUGACCGUCUUCCAGCACUCCGAGCCUCCCAACAGUUGUACGAGGCCGCUGUACUCGUUGUAUUGGUUGGGAUGAAUGCUCAAACCGCCACGAUGUCUGCGAUCAAGCCACACAUAACCACUCUGUUCGCCCCGUGGCUGGAUCGCAGAGUUUUAUGGCUCGACUUCCAGCUGUUCUGAACACGAUAGGCCUCACAGUCAAAAAAUCGCACUCAGGCGGAGUGUGUCGGUCUCGCCGUUCCCAUCAAGAUCGGACCAUGACCG